AUGAAGCUUCUAUCGCUGUUCCUUUCCACCUUGAUUGCUGCUACCAGCGGCCAAGUUACACCUCCCACAACUAGCAAGACAACACCCAUUUCUUACCAAGAUGGUGAUGCUGCUUUGUUGGGACACUUGGCUGUGCCGGAAGGCAAUGGAACCUACCCUGCGAUUGUCAUCAUUCCUGACUGGGAUGGUGUGAACGAGUACGAACAAAUCCGUGCUACCUACGUCAUGGAGCAAUGGGGCAUGGUCGCAUUCGCUGCCGAUAUCUACGGUGAAGAUUUCCAAACUGUUCCCAACAUUACCGAACGUCGUGACUUGGCCAACUUCUACCGCUCCAAUCCUGAUGUCUUUGGUUCUCGUAUUUCGACUGCCAUCCAAUACGUCAAGGAUUUGCCCAGUGUCGAUGAAACCAUGGUUUCUGUGUUCGGAUACUGCUUUGGCGGUACUGGAAUCUUGCAGUACGUCUUGGGAGAACAUGGAGAUCAAGAUGUCGCCUCCAUGGUCAGUUUCCAUGGUGGUUUGAGCUUCUUGCCCGAAAACGCUACCGGUUUGGCAACCAAAUUGCUUGUCUUGGACGGUGGUGCCGACCACCCUGCCUCAAGCAUUAUGGAUUUGGAAAUGAGACUUGAUGCUAGUCCCGCUUCUUGGGAGAUUACCCGCUAUGCUGGCAUUGAACACGCAUUUACUGUGUGGGAAGAUGCUCGCUACGACGAAUGGGCCGACAUGCGUUCAUGGGAGGCAGCAGGAGAGUUUGUGCUGACCGCCAUUGGCGUGGAUCCUCCAAUGAGCGCCCAGCCUGACAUGAUCACCACCACUCCCGUCGAAUACAUGGAUAACAUGACAAACUUGACUGGUCACUUGGCCAUGCCUUCGGCCGAAUGGAUGAGACCUCUUCCUGCUGUCAUCAUCCUUCCUGAUUGGGAUGGUGUCAACACAUACGAACAAGAGCGCGCAACGGCCUUGGCCGAACUCGGUUAUGUCGCCAUGGCUGCUGACAUGUUCGGAUCUGACAAGCAAUUCGUGGAAGCAAUUCCCGACCGCAUCGCUGAGACUGGAAAAUUCGGAGAUGAUCCUACUUUGUUUGUCACCCGUGUCCAAGCUGCUAUUGAACAAAUCAAGAUGUUGGGGGAUGAAGUUGAUACCAAUGAAAUCGCCAUUAUCGGAUAUUGCUUUGGAGGAACUGCAACUGUUACCUACAGUAUGUUGAAUGGAACCGAUGUCAAGGUCGCUGUUGCCUUCCACGGAAGUUUCGGCGGUGGUAUUGUCCCUCCUCAAGUCAAUCCUGUCAUUCCCUACCAAUUGAUUCUUUCUGGUGGUGACGAUGGAUUGCAUGGCAACCAGACCAUCAUGGAAAGUACUUUCGAUGAAGGUGCUGCCUCUUGGGAAAUCACUCGUUAUUCCGGUGUCGAUCAUGGUUACACUGCCUUUGCAAGUGGCGCUUACAAUUUGGAAGCAGAUGCCCGUUCGUGGAAGUCCAUGUUGAACAGUUUCAAUGAGCUUUUGGCUGUUCCUCAAAUGAUGGAAGAAGAUCCUUCAUUCAUCGACCAAGUUGCCAUGACUGGCAACUACACCACCCUCCUCACUUUGGUCUCUGACCCAGCGAUUCAAGAAACACUUGCUGGUGCUGGCCCCAUUACUGUCUUUGGACCCAACGAUGCUGCCUUCGCUGAUAUUGCAUCCACUGUCGAAGAACUUUCCCCAAUGGAACUACAAGGGGUUCUAGCUGGGCACGUUGUCUCUGGAGUCUACACUGCUGCGAUGGUCAAGGAGCAGGGAUGCGUCAUGCUUCAACCUCUUGUCGGAAGCCCGAUCCGUGCCAUGUACGUCGAAGACGAUUGCCGCAGAAGAUUGGCUGGACACGAAAUGCCCGUCGAUGAUGGUUGCCGCAGAAAUUUGGCCGGACACGAAAUGCCCACCGACCCUUGUUGCCGCAGAAGAUUGGCAGGACACAUCAUGGACGACAGUUCUACAGGGCACGUCAUGAUCAACGACGCCAUGGUCAUCCUUGCCGAUGUUGCUGAUGAUACCAGCAUCUUCCACGGACUUGACAAGGUCCUUCAAGGAGGCGAUUUCGAGUGCCCAGAUAUGACAACUGACGCUCCCGUGGCAGCCCCAACUGGUGAUGCACCAACUACUGACGCUCCUGUCGCAGCCCCAACUGGUGAUGCCCCAACUACUGACGAGACUGAAUCCAGUGCUUCUGGCCUCUCUGUCGUCUUGGCCGCCGUUGUUGCCCUUUUCGCCCUUGCUUUCUAA